GAUUAUAUGUGGAGUUUCGUGGUUUGAUGUCGACCACGUCCUUUUCCCGAUGCAUGUUGAUAUUAAUGGAAUUGGACAUUGGAUUUUGGGGAGACUGUCUUUGGCCGACAUGACGUUGUGGGUUUAUAAUUCCAUCAAGUCUGAUGGCAUUGACAAGAUCGUUCUAGAUAGUGUUCAAGCUUAUGUCGUGAUUAUUCCUAUUUUCUUACGUAUGAUUCACUUUUUCGAGAAGAGGCCUGUUUGUAACACCGACGCGGAUGGGCAUGUAAAUUUUGACGUGAAUUCACCUCUGAAGAUAACAAUUGUUCUCGAUCUGCCACAGCAACAGAACAG